AGAAGCACGAAUCAGAUCUUUUUCAGUCAGUUGCUUUUCAAGAUUUCAUUCGGAUAAUGGGGGAGUCGUCGUUUUGGGAAAGGACUUGUAAAUACUCCUCUCUUGAAGAAGAAGUCAAGAAUUUUAAUAAAUCUAUAUUUGAUGCUUGUAAUGAUGUAAACAAGAGAGACUUCUCUGGAGGAAUUGGAGAAUUUAAGCAUGUUUGUCACAUGCUAAUCGAUUUGAAGGGCCGAUUAUGUUAUGUUAUUGAUUACUGGAAAAUUUGUCAAAGAAAAAGUUUAAAUGGUUCAGGUCUUGUUGAAGAUUUUCAAAAUCAUGGUCCCGAAUGCUUAAGACUCAUUGAUGACGGAUCUCGAAUGUUUCUAUUAACGGCAAGAAAAAUUGUGGAAAAAUGCAUCGAUCAUAUGCAUGUGAAUCAAGCCGGAGAAAUUAUAAAUCUUUUAUAUAAGCCUGUUAUGGAUUUUGUAGAACGUUCGGCAUUGAUAAUUGUCAAUCAACCACCUCAAAUAUUAAAAGUUGAUAAAAAGAUUAUAAAGAAUAUUCCAAUGGUUGUGAAAUUGUUGGGUCAAGAUUGUUUAAAAGUAACGUCGCCCCUUCAAGUAAUACCCAUUUACGAAUGUGAUGUCGAACAAGCGUCGAGAGUAUGGGAUAGAGAUUCUGAAAGAUAUAUAAACAAAUUUGGACGAAUUAUUACCAAAGAACAUUUGAGACACGAUAGCGAAUCAACAGACCGAAGUAUCGUAUGGAAUAUUCAGAAACUUAGUAUGGAUCGUGUAAACAGACAAGAAAAAUCCGAUAAAAAAGACUUUAUAAGGGAGAAAAAGUAUUUUUUUGUUAUACAAGUUGAAUGCCAAACAGAUAUACCGCAUUUUAAAAGUUGUCUUGCCAAAGAUAUAACAUUGCCAAUCACUUUGAUAAAACACGUUACUCAAACUGUUGAUGCUCUUGGUACAAUUUUUUGGUUUAAUUUAUUCGGCAAUUCAUCGAGAGGUAGAGUACAGGAUAGCCAAAUACCUACAAAAGUUAAAUGGGUUUAUUUAAAGAAAUUUCUAAAAUCUAUUUGGUCAAAGAAGACAUUUACUGCUAAAUAUCAAAGACCUUUGAAUGAUAACGACCUGAAAUAUUUAGCGUCGAGAGUUCUCCGCUGUGAAUAUCGAGACAAUUUUGAUGAUGAAGAAGUUACUUGGGAACAAUUUCAUAGGAAACGACUUCGCGAAGAAAGUGGUAAGGAUUUUACCUUUUGGAAAUAUUUCUACGCUUGCCUCACUACUGCCAGUAACUAUAAAAUUGAAUGGGCCAAAGGGGUUAUUUUUGGCUUUGCUACACCCAAUCACGUAAAAGCAAUAUUAUUUGAUGGACAGAGGAAGCACGGUGCAUUUCUUGUAAGAUUUAGCGAAAAGGCUAUAAAUAAGGAUCAGUCUCAGGAAGUUUGCGGACAAUUAACUCUAGAAGUUUUAUAUGUAACUUCUAGAGAUAAAAGAAUCAUUUUGAAAACAAGACAAAAUCUUAAAGAAAAAGAAUUAAAGAAAACUGGCCUUGUUCGUAUUCUACUUUCAAUGCAGUAUGAUUGUCCAAUAAAGAGACAACGUUUCCCCCUACUGAGGAAACUGGUCAUUUAUGAUGGAUCAGAAAAAGAGUUUGUAAAUAACAGCGAAUAUAUUUUGAGUAUGGUUCCAGAAAUGUCUAAAGGCAGUUCAACCUCAUAUGAAGAACUACAAAUGACAACAAUUAUUGUUGUUGAUGUUUCGAAAGUUGAAAGGGAGAAUGAACAUGAUGAAAUAGCUGGUAGUGAAAAUCGAUCGGAUCCAAAUUCAUCUCCUUGCUCGCCCGAUGGGAAUAUAUUUAGUCGACCUUAUAAUCCUGCUGCACCAGCAUUCGGUAAUAAUGCUGAUUCAGAUUCAGAUAGAAUGAGCGAAAGAGGCGAUUCGGAAGCGUGGAUAAAUCAACUUUUUCAGGAGUUAAUGAAAGAUGGCCCAACCUUAUCUGAUAUACAGGAACAACCUGUAAGAACCCAAAAUGAAGUGACAGAAAUUGCGAAUCCUGAGCCAAUACCAACAAGCAUUCUAGCAAAUGGAGGCUUCUUCUUGGCAAAUAACAAUCAGAUGUUUAGACUUGUUCCGGUUGAACCUAUGACGAUGACGUGAGGAAAAAAGAACUUACACCUUUACACUCUUUACACUCUUAGACACAAACAAACACACGCACAUAUUUUCAGAUUCUUCCUUUCCUUUUAGUAAGGUCAAAAUGAUUAUUUUUUUAAUAUUGUACCUCUGUUGAAAAACAAGCCAAUGAUGAUAAUAAAGAUACCAUCUAUAUUAUCUUUAUUAUCUGAAAAUAUCACUAAUUUACAAAAGAUUAUUGUGUUUGUAAAUGUAUUUAUAUAAUCUUUAGUAGAAUAGUUUGAUAGUAUAGUCUUCUUUUGUGUAAUUUAAUGUUAAUAAAUGGAAUUAAUGUAAACUACUUAUGGC